GCACGAGCUGCUCGCGUCUCUCAAUGAUAAAGUUGACAUCAUCUCUCCAGCCGGAUGACCACGUGCUCACUCGUACUUGAACCUUUUUCGGUCUGCACCGGAGCUCUCGUCUCCGUGAAGGAGUCUGCGGUAACGGGAGGGAACGGGAGGUACAGCUCUCCCCUUUCUAUAGCAGCUCGACUCGGGAUGCCACGGGCUCGGGAACCGGAGACGGAAUGGUACAACGGGAGGGCGGCUCGUUUUGUCUCGGCGAGGAGCGGAGCCGUGUAAACCAGACUGGGUGGAGCAACGCACCGCCCGCCCCAUCCAUCGCGCAGACGGCCUUGUGUCCCGUUCGCCCGGAGCUCGGAGAGAGACUACUGUACUGAGCGGUCUGGCGGAGAGAGAGCGAGGGGGCCGGGCCAUGGGAGGGGCUAGCGCAGAGGGGGGAAUCGGGAGGAGGAGGGGGCGAGGAGGAGGCGGCACGGGUGCUGUUUCUCCAGUCUCUUUCCCCUGUCUUUGUCUCACACACUCUUUUGUUAGCCAUGCCUAGCCUGCUGGUUCUAGCAGGGAUCAUGGAGAAAAAUGGGGGCUUUGCCGGGGAUCUGGCCGGCUCCGGCUUCGGAGGCGACGGUCUCCUCGUGCCGCCCGACGAAGAGGAAGACGACUCCCGUGCCCUCAGGGUCGCGCUGGGCCAGUUGUCUCUGCUGGGGCUCGGGGAAGGCGAGGACGGCGGCGGAGCCCCAACAACGGGAGUGCAGGACCGGAGUAACAAUAACAACAACCACCACAACCACACGAACAACGGGGGCGGCGGCGGGGACGCGGCCAUCCUGCAAGGGAAGAGCAAGUUGUGCGCCCUGUACGAGAGCUCCUCGGGCGAGACGAAGGGACGAGGCUGCAACAUCACGGAGUGCGUCCCGGUGCCCAGCUCCGAACAUGUGGCCGAGAUAGUGGGCAGACAAGGUUGCAAGAUCAAAGCCCUGCGGGCCAAGACCAACACCUACAUCAAGACCCCGGUCAGAGGAGAGGAGCCCGUGUUCCUAAUCACCGGCCGGAAGGAGGACGUUGCACUGGCCCGCCGGGAAAUCAUCUCCGCCGCGGAGCACUUCUCCAUGCUGCGGGCGUCCCGCAACAAGCUGGGAGUGUCCUUUAGCGGCUCCCCGCCCACACCGCUGCCGGGUCAGACCACCAUUCAGGUGAGAGUGCCAUACCGUGUCGUGGGGCUGGUCGUGGGGCCGAAAGGCUCCACCAUCAAACGCAUCCAGCAGCAGACCUGCACUUACAUCGUCACCCCCAGUCGAGACCGCGACCCCGUCUUUGAGAUCACGGGGUCGCCGAGCAACGCCGAGAGGGCCCGCGAGGAGAUCGAAGCGCACAUCGCCUUCCGAACGGGAGGCCUGCACGACCACAACAACGAGAACGACUGUCUGGGGCCGAACGGGGGCAGCAGCCCGGUGGGCAGCGGCGGCGGUCUGGAGAGCCGGCUACAGCAGGUGUGGGGGCUGCAGGGGGGCCAGCGCAAGCCUCUCACCAGCAGCUACCGCCAGAACUUCUCAGACGCCAUGGUGGGAGGGGGAGGCGAGGGAGUGGGGAUCUACAGCAAGAGCAACUUCUCCAGCUCCGGGGAGAAGCCGUGCUCUUAUUUCGGAUCGGAGGGCACCCAGAGCUGGGGCGACCCAGACUACCCCAAACAGGUGGCCUUCUACGCCCAGCAGCGGUCCAAGAGCUUCGGAGGCCUCCCGCUCCCGCUGACCAGACUCUCCCCCGGCCUGUCCGAGUCCUGCGGAGGCGGGAGCAACAACAACUCGUCAGUCACCAGCAUCGUGUCCGUGUCCGGCUCCCCUCACGCCCAGGCCCGCCGCGCCCACAGUGAGCCCACCUCAGCCGGAGAGGGUUUCCCGGGCCGCCUGCCAGUGCCGGACUCGCCACCGAUCACUGUGCGGGACUGCAUGACCUGCUUUGAGAGCAAAGUGACGGCUGCCUUGGUGCCCUGUGGCCACAACCUCUUCUGCAUGGAGUGCGCCAUCCGAAUCUGUGAGCUCAACCACCCCGAGUGCCCAGUGUGCCACACCCAGGUCACUCAGGCCAUCCGAAUAUUCUCUUAAAAACAACAUCAGUUUUUAUCAUUAGUUCUGUCAGUGUUUGUUCAAUAAUUAUUUACUGUUAUUAUGAUUAUUAUUAUAAUACACAUUUUUGUUUUCCAGAAAAUUUACAAACAAUCAAGCAGAUAUUUUAGAAGGCACUGCUUGCUUUACUAAAAAGUAUAAGAAAUAUUUUUAAGUUUUUCUUUUAUAUAUAUAUAUGCAUAUAUAUUUUAUAAAAGUUUUGUUUAUAAGAGAAGUAUAGUACCUUGCAUUUUCAGUUUUUUGACUGCUGCUGUUUUUCAUUCAUGAAUCGCAGUGUAGGCAGAGGUAGACAGUAAUGUGAACAUUUUAUUAUUCAAAUUUUUUAUUUUACCAUGAAGUGGGUUUAUAUGGAAGGAAGAAGAUGAUUGUUGAGAUACCCAAUCUGCACCUGACUGACCCAGAAAGUCAAUGUUGUUAUUAGAAGGAGAGGUAAAAAAAACACAGACUUGUCAUUGCACCUUACAAUCAUCUUGGUCUAAAAUAGGAUUUUUAAUCAUACCUUAAAAUUUCGGGAGCUGAUGUGAAGGUGAAUUCAGCCUUUUUCAGUUUUACUGUGAUGGUGGUUUGAUUUAAUUGGUCCAAAACAGAUAUUAAUUUUAGCAAAAUGAAAAUGUGAAUAGAUUGGUUCGAGUCAAAGCCAUGUACUCUUUACAAGAACCCCCCCCCCCCC